AUGAGUGGGUUAGCUUCACCAGCAUGCAUUCAUCCAGAUGCUUCAAACACUCUCCCUGCUUCCGUCCCCCCAAGAAGCAUUAACAUGGACACGGAACGACAAGACAUGGAUAUCCACGCUUUAUUUUUCAGAGAACUAGCACCAAUGAUAUGCCCAUCAGAACUACAGACGGAGAUACUGAUACCCCCAGUCCGAUUGAGUGGGCCACCACUUUCAGCGAGCAAGAACCCGAUAAGCUUAGAAUCUCAAAAUGGCCCUGAGGAAAGUAACGAACCACAGAAAUUUCCUUCUGGCAGAGGUGAUUUUCUCACUACUACCAAAAAACAGCCACAAAAUCGGGCAGCAGAAUCCGGCAGCACAGGAACCGCGAGGAAGCAGCACGGGAGGAUCUCUCAGGCGACACCAGCGCCGGAGCAGUGCGCGUUUGGGCAGUCGAAGAAUGGCGUCGGAACAGCAAGGGAAGGCGCCGGAACUGUGUGGGCAGGAAAGCUUGGUCGCGAACAGGGAAGAAUCGCGGCUGCAGCUAAGUCAGUCGCGAAAAACAGAAAAACAGGGAACCGUCGCCGUCGCCGGAAGGUAAGUCGGGACUGA